GGUGGUGGUGAUGAGCCCUGUGGCAAGUGAGAGCAGGCAGGCACGCACACGGAGCUGCUCACUUUACACGAGAACCUGCUGAAGGCCACCGCAGCCCUGCGCUGUAGAUGAUGAACAGAAGUUACUGACAUAUUGUUCGGGUUCACCUGAACAGCAGCACAGCGAGCAGCGAGCGAGGAAACCGGCGAACCCGCGGUGAGAAACUGGAACACGUUCGUUAGCAGCUCAGCGGCUUCUGUGUCCGUCUCUCUGUGACACACAGACCCGCGGAACGACGGCUCUGCCGGGGAUUUUUUUUCAAGCCUACAGCGCCAGCACCGCGGCAUUAUUUAUACAUGUAAAGACGUUAUAAUUUUUCGCUUUAAAGCUUUUUUCUUUUUGUAAACGUGUGCGUGUAAAAUAAUUCGGUAGACGUUGCAAAUCUCGUUCAUGAAUAACGUUUGUAAAUAACAGUGGGACGGGAGGAAAAAUCAGCUCAACGCUUAGUGUCUCUUUAUUCUGGACCUGACGAACUACCUGAAUACACUGAGGGUUUAUUUGACUUGAUCUUCACACCGCAACACUUUGAAGGAAAAUGCUGCAGCUUUCCCACCAGACUUGAUAAAAGUCCCUGUCGAGUGUGCAUUUAUAAAAAGCUGGGCGACGUGUGGUCUCCUUUGAUUAGUUCUGCAUCUUCUCAAGAAAAUGUAGGAAACGCGGUGGUGCAAAGUGAGGACAGGAACCUCGCAACAACAGCAUCAGAACAAGAGAUAGACAAAAGGGGGAGGAAAAGAAAAAAGGAGGACACCAGUUUAACCAGCGGUUAACUGCAGCACUGGAAGGACAGCCUGUCAAACUAAAAAAGGGGUGACUUGGUGACCACAGAGAGAGAGAGACGGGGACUGACGGAAGAGCAAAGGUUUGGAGGAGGAGGAGGAGGAGGAGGUCUAGGACGGGUGGUAAAGGCCCUUCCCCAUGGCUACUGACCCAGGAGAACCCACAGGUACUGAGGACUCCUCGGAGAAACCUGAUGGAAAUAGGGGAGAGGACACUGAGCGAGAGGUCAGGGACAACCAGCAGUGGGAGAGGACACAAACCACCACCUCAGACCUCCCCUCCUCCAAGACUCAGGAGAAAAGAACUACUAGAGGAGAGGGUGGAGGAGGAGCAGAGGCCAGACAGGAAGGUCAGGAGACCACAUUCAAAACAAUUUCUUUUUCCACGGCCUCCUUACCAGUUGACACUGGUCAGAAACAACAGAGGAGGGAGAAGCGCUUUUUCAGGAAGAGUGUUGAGAUUUGUGAGGAGGAGGAUGAGGUGGAUGUGCCCACUGAAACGCCCCGCAGUCCCGCACAUCUGGAGCUGCGUUCCUCAGACACAGUCUUUAUUAGCAGUACCCAACAACAAGGGGCUGCAUCAUCCUGUGCUGCCAUCGGCCGUGACCCAUCUUGUAUCAAUGCCAGCCAGGUGCCUGGCAAGGAUGCACCCUCCUCCGCACCCACCCAGAGGGUGAAGGACAGGGACCGAGAGCAGGAGGAGGAGGCAGAGAUGAAGGCUGUGGCCACCUCUCCUGGAGGAAGGUUCCUCAAAUUUGACAUUGAACUAGGCAGAGGAGCUUUUAAAACUGUGUAUAAAGGCCUGGACACUGAGACCUGGGUGGAGGUGGCGUGGUGUGAACUUCAGGACCGCAAACUGACCAAGUUGGAGCAGCAACGCUUCAAGGAGGAGGCUGAGAUGCUGAAGGGGCUUCAGCACCCCAACAUCGUCCGCUUCUAUGAUUCCUGGGAGUCUGUGCUCCGUGGCAAGAAGUGCAUCGUACUGGUCACUGAACUUAUGACUUCAGGAACACUCAAAACUUACCUUAAGCGCUUUAAGGUGAUGAAACCCAAGGUCCUGAGGAGUUGGUGUAGACAGAUUCUGAAGGGCCUUCACUUCCUUCACACGAGAACUCCUCCCAUUGUCCACCGGGACCUCAAAUGUGACAACAUUUUCAUAACAGGCCCCACGGGAUCCGUCAAGAUAGGCGACCUUGGAUUGGCCACUCUGAUGAGGACCUCCUUUGCCAAGAGUGUUAUAGGAACGCCGGAGUUCAUGGCUCCAGAGAUGUAUGAAGAACACUAUGAUGAGUCUGUGGAUGUGUACGCCUUUGGGAUGUGCAUGCUGGAGAUGGCUACUUCAGAAUAUCCUUACUCUGAAUGCCAAAAUGCAGCUCAGAUCUAUCGCAAAGUCACAAGCGGUAUAAAGCCAGCCAGCUUUGAUAAAGUGAAUGACCCAGAAAUAAAAGAGAUAAUUGAAGGCUGCAUUCGUCAGAGCAAAAGCCAGAGACUCUCCAUCAGAGACCUCCUGAACCAUGCGUUCUUUGGUGAAGACACAGGGGUCCGGGUGGAGCUCGCUGAGGAGGACACAGGCACCCAAGACUGUUUGGCUCUGCGGAUUUGGGUUGAGGAGCCUAAGAAGCUGAAGGGGAAGCAUAAAGACAAUGAGGCCAUUGAGUUCAGCUAUGACCUUGAGAAUGAUAGUGCUGAGGAGGUGGCUCUAGAGAUGGUGAAGUCAGGUUUCUUCCAUGAGAGUGAUGCCAAGGUGGUGGGAAAAUCCAUUCGGGACAGAGUCAGUCUGAUCAAAAAGUCCCGUGAGCGUCGACAGCAGCAGCUCCUUCAGCAGCACUGGGGCUUUGAAGAAAAAAGAGACUCUUCUCUCACGUCAUACACCAUUCCUCAUCCGUCCUGCUCAUCCUCACUGGGGCCAGUGGCAGCUGGACAGACAGGAGGAGGACAGGAAUCUGAGGAGCUGCCUGAAGUGGAUCAGCAUGUGAGACAGCAGCAUAUUUUCAGUGGGACAACUGUUAAUCUGCCAGGUGAUAGCACUGGGUCUGCCAGCUGCGAAUCUUACGCAAGUGAGCAGAGCCAGGCAUACUCUCAGCAAAGGGAGUCAUACACCCACACUCAAACAACUCUCCCCCUGACAACAUCUAUGUUCCCUUCUGGUGAGAGUGGAAAUGUUCCAAAUGUACCUCUCGGUCAGAGUAUCAGUAUAUCCGGGAUGUCCUUAGGCCAGAGUGGAGGAGGACCUGUUGGUCAGACAUUUCUUCAACUCGGCACCAUGGUUGCACAGGUAUCACCAAGUGUACCUCAACAAUAUUUUCAGUCACAAACAUUUCCAUCAGAUACAUUUCAAACAGCCACACCACAUGGGUCAAUGCCCGUCUCACAGUCAUACAUACCCCCCGUCUCCCCUCAAGCACCCAUAAAUAUUCUCACCACAUCCAUGUCAGUUAGUGAUCCUGCUGGACAAGCAUCGCCCCUCACUCAGCAAACCCAACCCCCUUCCACUCCCAUUCAGCUUACUGACAUCAUUCCCCAGGCAGCACCCCAGCCAACACAGCCUGCCAUAAUCCCUCAGCAGACCAUUGUCCACCAACAACAGAUAGGGAUGGAUCCCCAUUCCUCCACACUUCAACAAUCACAACAGCAAAUGGAGGCUAAGGCCACUGAGCUCAAACAACAAGUUGGUGCUACUCAUCUACCAACGGAACAGCAGCAGAGACUCUCAGCUACAGCUGUCCAGAAACAUCACCAUGAUCCUCAGCAGCAGGUCUUCAUACAGCAGCCUAUUCAACCUGCCCAGCCACCUCCUCAUCAGCAACUGUUACCUACACAAACAGGUAUGGAUCAACAAGCUUUGUCAUUACCACAGCCAGGAGAGCAACCUCAGUCCUAUAAACAGCCGUCAAUGGGGGAUCAUCAUGAGCAGAGCACAAUGCAAUUGCAACAACUACACCAACAGCAAACUCUGCUACAACAGAAGCAGCAGCAACAACAGGCUUUAUCACUUGAUGAACAUCAGAUCUAUGUCCAGUUUGAUCAGCAGCAACUGCUUCAACAGCAGCAGCUUCUGCAACAACAACAAGCCCUUUUACAGCAGCAACUCGAGCAUCAGUUGCCUUCACAGCAACAGCAGCAGAGCCAGUUAUCACAGCAAGCUGGACAACACCAUGCUGGAGCACAAGAACCAGAGAGGCAGCACCAACGUGGACAGCAGCAGCCCCAACAGACCCAACAGCAGCAGGAACAACAACUGCAGCAGCAAGCCUUACUCCGACAAGUGGAACAACAACAACAGCAACAAGCGCUAAUGCAACAGCAUUUUCAAAUAAAUGCUAUUUUACAACAACAGCAUCUACAGCAUCAGGAGCAGCAACAAAUUAAAAUCCUGCAGCAAAUAGAGCAACAGCAGCAAGCUCUGUUACAACAACAGUUAGAGCAACAACGUCAGCAACACGUUCUGUUACAACAACAGCAACAACAACAACAACAACAGCAACAGCAACAACAACAAGCAGAGAGAUUACAGCAAUAUGCUCCAAUACAGCAACAGAACAGAGAGCAGCAAACAGCCACAACUCAGCUUCAGCAAAUUGAAAAACAAGAGACUGUCCCUAUUCCACAAAGGAACAACGAACAGCAGAUUCAGCAGCAAGCAACUGAUAGACAGCAUGUGUGUAUCCCACAAAUGAACCCCACUCAGUUUAUAUCUCACACUUCCCUCACACAGCCGGUGAUAGAACAGCAACAGCAAGCAUUAUUGAUCCAGCAGCAGAAAGCAUUUGUUACCCAGCCGCAGUACCAUACCUCUGUUAUGGAACCUCAUAUUCCAGUUGCAGCAGCUGUCAGCACUGAGGUGAUUCAGCACCAAACAUCUGCCUCACAGGCUCAAGUUCCCAUGGCCAUCCAGCAAGGACAAAAUGAGACUCAUUCCCAGAACCAGGGACAGAACCCAGUCAAUUUUGUGGCCCAGAGUUCACCCCAAGUAGUUCAGGCUAUGACUGAGGCUCAAGUAUCUCCUCCAGCAGCAGUUGUCCAGGGACAGAGUCAUUGCAUCCAGACCCAGCAAAUGAAUUUGCAAACACAUUAUCAAGGACCUCUCACUCCAACACAGAGCCAAGGUGCUACUCAGACAUUAAUCGAGACUCCAUCUUUGCAUCAAACAUCUACCCAGCCACAGCAAUCACAUGUCCAGGGCCUAGUUGUUGAUAUGACAGGCAAACAAAAUCAAGCUUCUGUCCAGUUUCCAGCUGCAGUUGCAUCAAUUCCCAGUCAAAUCCAACAUGAGUCUCAUUUUCAGCAAAAUGUUCAAAUGCCAGGACUCAUGCAGCCUCAGCUCCAGCAGCAAACUCAAGACCAGUCACCUUGUCAGGUGCAUGCUCAGGCUGCAGCUGGACUUUUGACUCCACAGUAUGUCACACAGCUUACUCACCAAGCCAUGCCAUCUGUACAACAGGACAUAACUCAUAUUACACAACAGCAGCAGCCAGUACUGCAGUAUCAACAGAUGAUCCCUUCUUCUGGCUCAGCCAGUGUUGCAAAAACGGACAAUUUAAUUUCCACAGUUGGCCCUGCAAACUUUCCUGCCAUACCUCAUCCUGUGCAGCAAUCUGGACAAGCCUAUAUUCCAGCGCAAGCUCUUCAAGCUCAGCCGCAGUCCCUGGGAUAUACUACUGAUCCAUCAGCCCUUCAACCCAUCUCACAGCCUGCUCUGCCUCAGUCCACAGAGCAGUACCAACAACAUCUGCAGAAGCUUCCUCAAGUGCAUGAACUGCCAGCUCCACCUCCUCCACAGGCUCAGUUACUGUCACAGGCCACUGCAGCACCUGUUCAGCAACCGGUUCCUGUUAAGCAUCAGCUUCUUCCACAGUGUCCAAAUCAUUCACAUUUGGUUACCCAUCCACCCACACAAACAGUGUCCAGUCGUGUGGCUGAGCAACACUCCCAGAACACUGCGCUUCCCUUGUAUAGUCAUCUAGCGACAGGUCCUACUCAGUCUCCACCGCACCAGGCCAACCAGAUGCUACCAGAGUACACACACACACAAACCAGCAUCCAGGCCCAAACACAGACACUCAUUCAGGCACCAACACAUUCUCAGACACAGACACUUACUGAUACACAGUCUGUUCUGACCAAUGCUGUCUUUCCUGCUCAACAAAUGCUCCUCAGUCCCUCUCAUACCUCAUCUCCCUCAACAACAUUACCAUCUCUGCCAUCCCUCCAUCCUGCUGCUGCCCCUGCUCCAGAGCUACCCACAUCUCCACCAGUGGCUCAGGUAACCAUACCGAAGCCGGCCGACUUUAUCCCCACCUCCCCUCCGCCUGUUGCUACUCUGCAAUCACUUGAUUCUAAUGUCCCCAAACUGCCCCGAGCCUCACUGCAAGACUGUGACCUUUCCCUGCUGGGCAAUGCUCAGGGUGGCCCAUACCUGUCAGAGCGUCCUUCUUCUACAGGAUCUGUCCCAGCGAAUGGAGAAGAACCUCUUCAGCUCUUGGCCAAUGGCAAAUUAGAAAAAUUAAAAACUCAGAGAAGAUCCUCCUCCCAGAGGACUGAGAAGGUUUCACAUCAGUUUCAACUGAGCAUGCUCCAGGUGUCCAGCAGUGGGGACAACAUGGUGGAAUGCCAGUUGGAGACCCACAGCAACAAGAUGGUGACAUUUAAAUUUGACAUUGAAGGGGACGCACCUGAGGACAUAGCAGAUUGCAUGGUGGAAGAGGACUUUGUCCUUGAUGUGGAGAAAGAGACAUUUGUUGAAGAGCUUAGAACAAUAGUUAAAAAAGCCCAGGAAAUUCUCCAAACACAUUUACAGACUGGAUCUACUGAGCAACUACAUGUGAGCACGCCCACUAGCUCAGCAGCAGAAUCUGUGCCCCAUUCCUCUCCAGUGGGACGCUGGCGCUUUUUCAUAAACCAGACAAUCCGCCAUAGAGACUCUCUUUCCAGCCAAGGAGGAGCCAUACCACUACAGGCUUUUGAAACAAAGAUAAUGGAUUCUUCAGAAUUAGAGAAAGAAAGUGAAGGAUCACAAAGUCUGGAGUCCUUGAGUGGAAUGACCUCUCCCCCAUGCCCUACCCUUACUGCUACCUCCCUUCCAGGCUCUACCACCUCAGCCCCUGCUUCCAUGUCCCACUCAGACACCACUGCCCCCGGAAGCAUCUCUGCAUUAGCCUCCACUCUCAACGCUUCUGUCCCCAUCACUGCUUCCGAAGGUCUUGAACUGAAAGUCCUCACCUCUACAUCUACUGAUCAGAUUUCCAGUGCUCCCUCAUCCUUAACCAUCCAUUCUGCUGCUAACCUCCACACCUUGUCUACUACUCCUACUCCUACUGUUGUCUCUCCCACACCCACCACUGUUGUUCGUGAUAUCAUCAUUCUUCCAGGGAGCAGUGGCUGCUCCACUGUGGGUCAAAUUAUAGGGGAUACAGUGAUAACAUCUUCAAGGUCAUGCGUGUCUGCAAUGGACCAGUCCUCAACCUCUUUUCAUUCCCCUCCUCCUACUGCUGCAGUCGCCUCAACAGUAAGCCACGGUGGCAUAGAGCAUCAGCAGACUCUUAGCCAGGUGGACAAAUCGGUCUCACAACAACAGCCACAGCUACAGGCUUCAGUACAGCAGCAGGUAACAGCAGCUCUACAACAAAUGCAGUCAGUGGAGCCUGAACAACAGCAACAACAGCAGCAACAGCAACAGCAACAACAGCAACACAUGCAGCUGCAGCAGGAACAAGCUUUGCAACAGUCUAUCCAGCAGUUACAACAACAACAGCAGCAGCUCAUGCAGAAACAAAUACCCCUUCAGCAACAGCUGGCUGAGGUGCAGGGACUGCCUCAACCAAGUCAUACAGAGGUGGUGGCACAGUCUAUCCCUCUGCAGCAGUUUCUGCCACCUGUGCCCCCCCAGCAGGCCCCAAUAACCCAUGUUCAACAGCAAACAACACAACGUACCCCACAGCUGCUGCAACAGCCUCAGUUGCAGCAGGUAGCACAGCAGGUUUUGGCACCACUUGCUGCUGUGGUGUCCCAGCAGCAGGCUCACAUUGAUCACCUGCAGCAGCAACAGUUAAACCUGCAACAGACGAUACACUUACAACAGCAGCAAAUGGUGCAACAGCAGCUGCAGCAGCAGCAACUGUUGAUGGGUGCUGUGUCAAUGAAGCCAGAUCAAGGCCAAAUGUUGCCCUUGUCAAUGAAUCAACAGUUUCUUCAACAACAGGCGCAGCUGAAUGUUACAUCUACUCCACAACAGCAAAUCCCACAGCAAGCUCAAAACACAGGUGACCACACACAACAGCAGGAGGUUGUUAAAGCCAUGGAUACACCCCAGACACAGCAGCAGUUUCCACUGCAGAAGCAGUCAUCUUCACAGAUGUCAGAGUCGGAAGUGUCAACAGGAGACACAAGUGUCACCGAAGACACUGGCAGCUACUCUGCCCCUUUUCACCCUUCCUCUGACUCUUCUCUGCCUCCUCUCCAUCUGUCAAGUGCUGAAGCGCCUUUACCUGCACUCUCCCUAACAAUGACGCCAUCCCCUGCUCAACCUUCCUCUGUUGCUGAGUCAGACAGUGAAGGCCCUCCCAAAAUUGAUUUUGUAGACAACCGGAUAAAGACUCUGGAUGAAAAGCUGAGGAACCUGUUGUAUCAGGAGUACAGCAGUGGGGCAGCAUUGGUCGGAGGAGCCGCCUCUGGCCCUACAUCAGCUGCCUCCACAUCAGCAGGUGGAGACGAGUCCUCUGAGCUGCAGUCACUCCACCACAUGUCUUUCCCUCCACCUGACUCCACAUCAGACACUUCCCCCCACUCUUCAUCCUCCACAACCUCUUCUACCACCUCCCGUUCCUCCUCCACCUCCCCUGAUCCAGAAGGGGAUGGAGGAGAAGAGAAUGUUUUCUUGGAAGUGGCCAACUCUGCAGGGCUAGGUCCAGUGGAGCAGCAGCCUGGCCCAUUUUUACCCUCCACCUCUCCCUCAUUGACCCCACCUACCUCUCUCCUGCCUCCUAAUCAAGGUGACUCUGCUGGUUCCCAGCGCCCACCUGUACCAGGAGAACCAACCAUUCUCGCUGUGCCCUCACACUCUGACAACAGUGCCACCGGAGAAGCAUUGUGGCCUCCCAAUCAGCAACCAAUCCCCCUGCGGCAUGGACAUCAGCAGCAGCACAAUGUAGGAGGUGGAUAUUUUGGCCUAAACCUGACAUGUCCUAGUAUCAGAAAUCCUGUUAGCAAGAAAUCAUGGACUCGCAAAUUCAAAAACUGGGCAUGCAAACUGCGCCACUCCGCCAGCUUGUUCAAGAAGCCCAGAGUCCAGCAAGAUGGACAAUCCACCUGUCAGGCGCUCAGAGAGGAGAAAGAGGUGCCACCCCUAAAUCCAGUUCAGUUGCGCAAAGGACGAUUCCAGGUGACUCCAGUACUCCAGACCUCUCCUCAAAAGGAUCCAACAUCAGGCCAUGGUAGCACUCAAAGGAAAGUGGGACGUUUCUCUGUAACCCAGGCAGAGAUGAAGAAAGAGGAUGGGCAGACUGAUACCUCCCUGGUGUCUCCUCAUUUGGAGAGGGAGAGGAGGAGAUCUCGGGUAAAGGAAGGGGAGAAAGAUGAAAGUAAAAGGAUGUCAGUGUCAGCCCAUCAGUCUCGGGGUCAUGGACCUAACCACUCGCCUCUGGGCAGCAGCGAUGAUGAUGAGAGUGAGUUGGAGGACGAAGGCCUGAGAAAAGAACUACACAAGCUCAGAGAGAAACACAUAAAAGAGGUGGUAUCCCUUCAGGCCCAGCAGAAUAGAGAGCUGCAGGAACUCUACAGACAACUUCGUUCCCUCAAAGACCAAAGACAGAGUCUGCCUGCCUGUCUUUCCCUAAGCCCUCCUCUUCCCAUGGCUCCUGUCGUCUCUCCACGCAGGCCCAGGCCAGCAAAAAUCAAACUACGGCCCCGACCUCACUCUCACAUGGAUAACAAUGGGGUCACACACUCUGGGAUUCAGCAGUCAAGCAGUAUCUCAGGUGGUGAACAGAACAGACUGCCCCUCUACUGCAACCCUGCACACUACCCGUCACUGCCUGCUAAAAGAGGUGGCUACACCAGGUUGGUUCCCAGUAGCACCACUGAACCUCCAGGCUUCUCCAGCCCCUGUCAGCUUACCUGUGGCAGCCCCUUCUCAUUACACAGUUGGAGGAAGCGUGUCCAAUCUCCCCUCUCCAGGACCUCCAGCAAAAACACAAAUGGCUCAGGUGCCACAGAUGCAGCCAAGUUUACACCUCCAUCAGUCUCUCCCCCUCCAGCAGAUAACCUAUCAGCAGCCCCCGCUCCGCCAGCAGAUACCGCAGCACCAGAUGCAAACUCCGGUACAGUCUCAGUCGUCACCACCGACACAGCCGAUUACCCAGCUGCCCCACUCAUCACCUCAAAACCAGCCAGUGCUGCCUUCUCAAAUGCCCACAUCUAUUGUGUCUACGGCCACAUCUUUGCUGCCCGGCAGUGGUAA